AAAAAAUGAACCAAUUCAUCAAAUACUCCCUCGCUCUCGUUUUUGUUCUCUGUUUGGCUGUUGUUUGUGUUGCCGAAGAGGAAACCAAGUCAGCAUCCGAUUUUAAUUUUAAUAAUAUCAUGCAAGGAGCAUGGUCUGUUGAAGUGUCGGAGAUUAACAUUGGUGAAGCUAGUACUGAAGAAGAAUUAUUCCCAGUUGUUGGCUUGUAUAAUUUUACUCAUUCUGCUCUUCAUGAUGGAAUUUUGGUCGGAACAUAUACUCAACAAGGAUCUGAAGAAGAUGCUUCCGAUAUUGAAUACAAACUCUUUGCUCAAACUGAAGCUGAACAAGCUGGAUCUUUGAAGAUGAUCAAGAGAAAGAAGGAAGAAUCUGAGGAAGAAGAAGAAGUUGCUGAAACUAGAGAAGGUGACCAAGUUGUCUUUGAAAUUCCAUUCAAUUUUGUCACUCACAAGCCACAACCAAAUCAACAAACUCCAGUCGUCCAUGCUUCUUCUCAAGGACGUUUCACUGCUGGUGCCACUAGAAAGGGAACUUAUCAAUUCCUCUUCACUACUCGUGAACAAUUCAUUUUGACUUUGAUUUAUGAUGGUGAAAAUAAGAUGGAAAGAAUUGUUGGUGUUAAGAGUGUUAAUAAUGAAUUGUCCUUCUUCCAAAAGUACGGAUCUACUAUCAUGAUUUCAGUUUUCUUUAUUGGAAGUAGAUUGUUGACUAGAAAUCUUGCUCCACAAGGUCAACAAGCUCCAGCAGCUGCUGCCACCAACUAAUAAAACUAAUUUAUUCUCUUUCAUA